ACGCCAACGAAGCGUUAUAAAAUAUACUAGGUGAUUCAACGACCUCUCGAUUCUGCCGGUGAAAUCAACACAAAAAAUGACGCAAUCUAAUUUUACCUACGUGACCAACUCCGAAACUGAAUCAAGAGUGCUGGUGUUGUAUACCGGUGGCACAAUAGGCAUGAUGAAAAAUAAAUAUGGAGUUUUGGCACCAAAUCCGAACGCACUUGAAAAACGCAUACGUGGCUACCAACAUAUGCAUGAUGCCGAAUAUGCAGAGAAAAGAUUCGGUACAGGACUUUCGACACCGUUAGUUAUGCCGCAAUAUGAUGAUGAUUUACGCAGACGAAUCGUUUACUCGAUUUUAGAAUACGACCCUCUGCUGGAUAGUUCCGACAUGGGCAUCAAAGAGUGGUCUAAAAUUGCAAGUGACAUUGAGCAUUGGUAUGAAACUUACGACGGAUUCGUAAUACUUCACGGAACUGAUACUCUAUCGUACACCGCUUCGGCUUUGAGUUUCAUGCUCGAAAACUUGGGUAAACCUGUCAUCUUGACUGGUGCACAGAUUCCAAUUUUCGAAACUAGAUCCGAUGGUCGUGACAAUUUCUUAUCAGCGUUGAUAAUGGCUGGGGGUGGAUACAAUAUUGCAGAAGUUUGCGUAUUCUUCGGUCACAAGUUAUACAGAGGUAACCGAACUGUAAAAACGAGUUGUGAUGCUUUGCAAGCAUUUACGAGUCCGAAUUAUCCGCCACUAGCUGUUAUGUCGAUAACGGUUGAAAUUGAUAGAGCCGCACUUAUACGACCCAGAGAAAUUGAAAGAUUGUCAGUUCAUACUGAUUUAAACCCAAAUGUAGGUCUUUUACGUAUUUUUCCUGGUAUGUCAGGUGAUACAAUAAGAUCUUUUCUAAGACCACCUGUAGAAGGAAUAGUUCUGCAAACUUUUGGCGCAGGUAAUAUACCCUGCAGCAGAAGUGAAUUGACAGCAGCCCUCACAGAAGCCUCUGAACGAGGUGUAAUAAUUGUCAACAUAACCCAGUGUGCCAAAGGCUCGGUUAGUGAGGUGUAUGAAACUGGACGAGUGCUACGUGAUUGUGGAGUCAUUUCCGGGGUAGAUAUGACCCCGGAAGCUGCCCUAUGCAAACUUUCGUAUGUCCUGUCUAAACCCGAAUGGGACCUUCCUACGCGGCGUUUCAUGAUGCGCACUAGCUUACGGGGAGAACUGACCGAUGUCACCACAGAAGAUACAGAAGAUUUGAUAGAAGCUGUAGCAAGAUGUUUGAAAGUAACUUCAAAAAUGCAAAAGAAAAACUUGAACAACAUUUUAUACCCAUCAAUGCUAAAUAAUGCUGUAUUAGCAGAUGACAUCGAACGAUUAGAAGAGUUGCAUAAACAAGGCGCAGAUUUUACAGCUGUUGAUACAGAGGCACGAACAAGUUUGCACGUUGCUUGUGCUAAUGUGGACGUAUCAAUUGAAGUUGUUAAGUGUUUGCUAAAGCUCGGCGCCAACGUACAUGCAAGAGAUGUUCGUGGUAGAACACCAUUAAGAGAUGCAAUAGAUCAAGACAGACACGAGGUAAUAAGAGUUUUAAGAAAAGCUGGAGCCCAUCUGGUUUCUUCCUGCGGCAACGAUUUGGUCCAGGCUGCUGAGAAAGGAUUACUUGUCAGGUUGGAAGGCUAUAGAUUAGCAGGAGCUGACUUAUCCCAAUCUGAUGCUAGCGGAAGAACGGCAGCUCAUGCAGCUGCAUUGCACGGAAGACGUGAUGUCAUCGAAUACCUCCUGCGUCACGGUGUAUCGACCGAGGUUAAGGAUAUGCUAGGAUUGACUCCGAACGAUUACUCGAAAUUGAUCGAGAAAAAGACAUUAGAUAGCACAUCUUUGAAAACAAACGGAGAUUACAGAAAUGGAGAACAUACGAACGGAAAUUAUACCAAUGGAUCACAUAAAAAUGGAAUACAUAAUAUUAUCAAAAAUGGAUUAUGA